AUGUGUACAGACUACACCAACCUCAACAAGGCGUGCCCUAAAGAUACAUACCCUCUCCCAAGCAUCGACAGAUUGGUAGACAGUGCAGCUGGACACAGGGUGCUCAGUUUUCUGGAUGCGUACUCUGGGUACAAUCAAAUUCCAAUGUAUCCUCCCGACAAAGAAAAAACGGCAUUCAUCAUGGAAGAAGCUAACUUUUACUAUGAAGUCAUGCCUUUUGGACUAAAAAAUGCUAGCGCCACAUACCAGCGGUUAAUGGACAAGGUGUUUCGUCAUCUCAUCGGUAAAUGUAUGGAGGUCUACGUCAACGACAUGGUAGUCAUGUCAGAUUCAUUCGAACAACACGUCAAAGAUUUGGAUGAGGUCUUGGCAGCUGUACGGAAGUAUGACAUGAGACUGAAUCCAGAAAAGUGUGUUUUCGGGGUUGCAGGCGGAAAGUUCUUGGGUUUCAUGUUAACCCACAGGGGAAUAGAGGCCAACCCCGAUAAGUGCCAAACGGUUGUCAACAUGAGGAGUCCAUCCAACAUCAAGGAGAUACAGAGAUUGGUAGGGAGGCUAACUGCGUUGUCACGUUUUAUGCCUAAAUUAGCAGAAAGAAUCCAGCCAAUGCUGAAGCUCCUGAAAAAAGCACAAAAAUUCGUAUGGGAUGAGGCUUGCGAGCAAUCUUUCCAAUCACUAAAGGAAUAUUUGUCUUCUCCCCCAGUACUACAGAAGCCUAGCAAGGGGAAACCCCUGUUAGUAUAUCUAGCCAUCUCUACCAAUGCUGUCAGCGCGGCCAUUGUACAAGAUCAUGCAGAGGACCAGCAACCCGUAUACUUUAUCAGCAAAGCCCUACAUGAUGCAGAACUGCGGUACCAGAUAGUGGAGAAGGUAAUCCUAGCACUUGUGAUAACAACCAGACGACUGCGACCGUACUUUCAGGGGAACGAGGUAAUAGUCAAGUCUGACUACCCCAUACACAAAGUCUUAAGGCGACCCGACCUCGCCGGCCGAAUGGUUGGGUGGUCCGUGGAACUAUCUGAGUAUCAUCUUCGAUGUGAAGCUCGAGGGCCGAUCAAAGGGCAAUGCCUGACAGACUUUGUCAACGAAUUAACGGGAGAUCCUGACGUACGCGAGGAAGGUUGGAUCCUGUCGGUGGAUGGCUCCUCAAACGCGAAAGGCGGGGGCGCUGGGAUUGUUUUGCAAGGACCGAAUGAUUUACUACUCGAACAAGCUUUGCGCUUUGGCUUUAAACCCUCUAACAAUCAGGCAGAAUAUGAGGCAUUAAUCGCAGGGUUGACCCUCGCAGCAGACAUGGGAGCAAAUACGGUGACAUGUCGAACUGAUUCGCAAUUGGUCGUAGGACACUUGGACGACACUUUCCAGGUAAAGGACCCCCUCCUAUUACGAUAUUAUCACGUUGUGCAGGGCAUGUUGAACAGAUUCAGAACAACAAGCGUAAAGCAUGUUGAUAGAGCCCAAAAUGCCAGAGCCGACUUGCUCUCGAAGUUAGCAACUACCAAAGUCAAGGGACAACAUCAUACAGUGAUCCAUGCCACACUCGACCGUCCUACUAUAACUUUGGCAGAAUGCAAUACUACUGAGACAGUCGCACCAGAGGAGAAAGGGUGGAUGACUCCUAUUAUACAGUUCAUUUAA